AUGAUAUGGUCACUUGGGAGGAAGUCCCCUGCUCAUGAGUCUCCUGGCUCUACCCAUGACUCGCCUCAGAAACGUCAGGCGGUCCAGAGUCUGCUCAUCGUAGUGGUGUCGGCCACUUUGGUGUACUUGCCUGCGCUGGCCCUAAUCCCUAUGAUCCUCUAUAUCCACCACAACAGAGGGUCAGCCUUGUCCGAAGAAACCGUGUGUAAUGUGUUUCUGUGCUCACUGCUGUUCCCUCGGUUUGGGGUGCUCAUUGGACCUCUGUUCUUCUUCUCGAAAGCAAAGCAAAUGUUCAAGCUUAAGAGGCGAGGCAUUUCUGGAUGA